CUCAUCACUUUUAUGGGAAUUUCUCAAUUGCUUAAAGUCUGCGACUCCUUGCCCGAUCAGACCACGCCUGCGGUUUUAGCCCCAAACCCACCUGCUAUUUUCCCUGCAAAAUCUGAGAAUUGCAGAUUCCGUAACCCAGUUUCUGACUCUGUUUUCUUUUUCUUUUUCUCUUGCUUCACUUUUCUGGGUUCUUUUAUUUGGUCUUUGAGCGUGUUUGUCUUUGGGGUUUACCUGUUUUAAGUAUGGGUCGUUGGAGAAAACAGCAAGGUGGAGUUCAUCAUAAAGAAACUCCGGGCACAAGAUCACAGAACUGGAAGCCACCCGUGGAUACUUGGCAGUCAUCUGUGCCUCCAUGGGAGAAGAAAUUCUGCACAUUUAUUGGUUCGGUUCCAUGGGGAAAGCUCCUGGAAACCAAGAAGUGUAUGUACCUCUAUGACAAUGUGGUUCAAUGGAAUGACUCUGCUGGUAAAGAGGCAUUUCACAAUGCAAAAUCCAGAUUUUGGGCAGAGAUUAAUGGCCUUCCCUGUGACAUAUCAUUGCCUGACCCAGAUAUGUAUAUCGAAGAAGUAGAUUGGAACUCUAGCAUAGAUCCUAAAUUGCUUUUGGACUUGGAACAGGAACCCAAGGCUCCUUUUGAGGAAGAUGAAGAUGAAGAUGAGAAGGCUGUGGUUCUUGGUGAUUCCCUGCUCUUGAACCAGUCAUUUCCUUGCACUGGAUGGGGAGAAGCUGAAGAGGACUUAAGAGAAGCCACUGACUUAGCUCAGCAUCCCGUAUAUGGGGAUUGUAACCAAGUCGUGGAUAACAACUAUAAUCCUUGGGAACAUAACUACGGUCAGAGUAAGGAGGCCAUGGAAGAUAAUGGAUGGGGAAGUAAUCAGAAUGAUUCAAUGGGAUGGAAUCAGUGGAAAAAUAAGUGUAAUGAGUGGGAAAAAAGUUAUAAUGAGUCAGAUAAUGUGAAUGGCGAAAGAGCCGGUGGAUAUUGGGGAAUGUGGGAUGACAAUAGCAAGAAGAAAGAAGUCUCUGAUCGGUACAUGUCAAGGUAUAAAACUUCAAGGUUUCAUGGAAAUGACUAUCAAAUGGGUCGUGAGUGGAAAAAUGGUAGGGGAAGGAGGAUGAUAAAUUUUGCUUAUGAAUGACUACUCAGAAGAAGAACCAAAAAAAAAAAAAAACUGCCUCUAGGCAAUCAAAGCUGAGCUUUUGCUUACGGAUUCAGCAGAGCUGGAAAUCCAUGGAGUUGGGAGAAGUUAAUUUUGUGAAGCUUUGGAGUAUAUAUAAUAUAAUAUGGAUGUUGAGUUUGUUAUAUUCUUGGUUAUCUGCAUGAAGGAUAGCGUGUAAUAGCGUGAUAUAUUCUCAGCCAAGUCCUCCAUGCUGGGUUUAAGCUGCAUUUUGUAGUCUGUUCGGGAAGAUAUUGCACAUUUUGAACAUGGCCCGUGCCGUUGGGACAUGCAUUAUUACUAUGUUAGUUCGAUCAACUUGGGGUCUUAUAAAUGCGUUGCGGUGUAUGUAAGAAUCCUAUUGCUAGUGUUGAGGAUAAUGUCUUCGAUGGUGAGAAAAUUUUGAAGUUGAUGGAAGUUCUGAAAAUGUUAAGUAAUGAAAAUGUUGAGAAUAUUUGAGAGUGUA